AUGACAAAAUUCUUCCUCACAGCUUUAAAGAAGCCUCGCAACUUGUUGGAAAAGUUCUACGUGAUAAAGACGCGCCGACGUGACCGCGACCAUGCACCACGUUCCCGUUCGAACUAUAUCAACCUGGACAGUGUCUUUGGUUCCUGUCAGACGACGGACAUUAGAGUGGCGGUACACGAGGUGGACGCACGUGCUUGCUGCCCGUUCCCGAAACUUCAAGGAUUCCGUGGUAAAAUAAGAAGAAACGCUUCUGCAAAAUUUGAGUGGGAGACCACAGUUGCGGUGGACAAGAAAAAUGCAGCCGUAUUACUUAGGUGUACGAAACACUCCAAGAUCAAAUUGUUAGUUUACAGCCUGCGCAAUCGAGAAAUCAACGUUCGGGCGAGGCGCUCUUCUUUCCUAAGACAAGUUCCCAGGCAUGCACGGUUGAGUGGGUUGACAUGUGGCAGUACGAGAAUAUCUAACUUAGAAGAAAUAGAGAAGUUCCCGUCGUCUAUUUUUGAAAAAUUAAAAUUGAAGAUGAACGUUGAAGACACAUCGGCAACCAGUUGA